UGUGACUCCGUUUGACAGAAAGAUGUCAACGUUUUGUUUUUGAGUUUAAAUAAAUCAAUUUAUUAGCUAUUGCUUUGUGAGCUGUCAAAGCUUAAUGCAGAUAUUGAUUUAAUAUUAUAAAAAUGGUUAAACAAAUAGCUGUUUUAAAAGAUAAUCAACAAAUUAUAUGUGGCUCAUUUGAAUUUGCAGUAGAUUUUAAAGAAGCAGGUACGGGAAUGUUUUGACGAUGGUAAAACCACCAUGGAUAAAUAGCCCAUAUGGUGACAAAGAUGACAAAAUACUGUAAUAUCCUGCUUAACAAUACUUUGUUUUGCACCUUAUUUUAUGCAGUGGAUUCUGCAAACACAUUGGGUACUAUAUGAUCAUCAGUUUUUAUCAUGUAUAAUAUUAGAAAGCAUGAAAAAAAAGUAACCAGAAAAAGCAUUUCAUUAGAAACUAAAAUGCAAGUGAUUAGAAGAUUAGACUCUGGUGAACGACAAUCACAAAUUAGUGCUUCAAUGAAUAUGGCUACUUCAACAAUAAGGACAAUUCUUAGGAACAAGGAAAAAAUACUGUUAUCGGCAACUUCAACUACAUCAAGCUCUGCUACUAGAAUUACACGUACUAGAAAUAACACCAUAGAGGAAAUGGAAAGACAACUUUCUAUAUGGAUUGAUAACAAAAUGGAGCAUGAUGUGCUAUUAAGCCAAAAGAUCAUAAUGGAAAAAGCUAGAAAUAUUUUCAAUUCCAUUCAGUCUGAGACAAGUGACAUAAAGGAUACUUUUGUCGCUAGUCGAGGGUGGUUUGAUAGAUUUAAGAUUCGAUAUAAUCUCAACAACAAAAAGAUUACAGGAGAAGCAGCUAGUUGUGAUGCGAAAGCGGCAGAUGAAUUUUCAACGACAUUUGAAACAAUAAUUGAACAAGGAAACUAUCCAUUAGAAUUGAUUCUUAGUGUUGAUGAAAAUGUAGAACAAAUAGUGGAUUUAGCAAAACAGACUGGUUUAGGUAAAUCAAAUGUGGAAGACAUUGAAGAAACAAUUCAAGAACUGUCAGAUAGUCUUUCUACUGAUGAUCUCCAAUUAAUCAAUAAGCGAGAAGAAAACAUAAAAAUUGGCAGUGAUUUCAAUGACGUACAAAAAGAACUUUCAAUGGUAUUUGUAGAUAGGUCUGUGACUACAGUGACUGAAAUUAUGGAUCAAUUUAUAGAAAAUGAUCCAAAUUUUGAGAGGAGUUCUAAAGCAAGACGGGGUGUUAUAGAUGCUUUAUCGGCUUAUCAACAUCUUCUGAAAGAGAGCAGGAGAAAAACGCAACCUACAUUAGAAGCCUUUUUGAAAAAAAGGCCAAAGAUUAAACAGUAA